GUUAUUUGGUCCUGUAAUGUUUUUGUGCAUUUAUUUGCGCGGCACAGUUUUGUUUUUUUCUGUUCGUCAUUUUCUUUUUGGAUGUAAAACCUGAGUUCGACGCUCAACGAGUAGGAGUAUGCUUGAGUGGAUAUUUUUUGUUUUUGCGUGUUGUUCCUUGUUGAUGUCAACACACAGAAGCAGUGGCGCUGUUCGCGUUUUAAAAGCAAAAUGAAAAACGCUGCGUGUGUGUGACGGAAGGAUCAGGACGACAAUUCGCAAAUUGCGACAAGAGGUAGUGCUUUGUGUUAUGUUAGUUAGUUCGUUAUGAGGAAUGAGGAUAGCAUGUUUUUCAGUAAAUCAGAAUGCACAAAAAGCAUUAUGCAUAAGGAAAAAAGGACUUCCUAUUGUCUACCUUUUGUAGCCUUCACGCAAAGUUGCACUUUUUCACUUUAUCGUUCAUUUCUUUGCUUGUUAUGAAGACGAACACUGCUGCAAAUCAAUGUGAUGAAACAGUGCAUGCACAAAACCUAAUCAAGCAUGAACACCUGAAAACGGAAACACAAAAAAAAAACAUAAGUAAAUAAACAACCACAGUGCGCGCCGGGAACGUCAUCUGCAGAAAUGAUUGACCUUCACCUCCGGCCUUCGCGCCGAAGCAUGCGGUCGUUGCUGCUACACUUUUCCUGCAUUUCCCUGCUCGUCCCCCACCUCAUUUCCGCCCAAACCCCACGGGAGACGGAUGAUAACCAAUUUGAGCGGCACUGCCUCCAAGGAGUGCCAACACCGCAAUCCGGGUCGUUUCCCGUUUUUCGAUUGGAACAAAACACACCUACUGCUGGAUCAGAUCCACCGUCGCCGCUACAGCAGUACCAAACCUGUUUUCCUCCGCCGCCGACGUCUUCGCAAGGACAAACGGGUGCUGCAAGCACCGCCCCGCCGUCCGAUCCCAAUAUCCAGCAGCAAUGCUGCGACAAUGCGAAGCAUUUGAACUUCUGCGCGACUGCGCUCAAUCUGAAACACUCCACGUUUCUCACCUCCUACUCUCCUCCCCCAGCGACGAACCAGAAGCAACAAAUCGAACAACAAUGCCACUACAGUUUCCGAUUUUUCAAGCAGGAGUCGAACUUGAAAUUAGAUCUUUGGCUGCAGGGAAUCAAACAGAAAUCAACAGGACAAUCGACGAUGAGCACUGGAGGUGCGAACGGUGGACCAGAUCAACAGCAAAUGGACCUCGCGACUUUAGAAAACGCCAGUAAGGAUGAGAAAUUGAAACAAGCAUUGAAGCUCGGGGUGGAAAGCAUGAUCACAGCAGAGAUGUUUCCCAUAACGGGCCAGCCGCUAGACAUGACCGGAGACAACCCUAGCGGCACAGCAGGAACAACAACUACCCAGCACAAAAACCCGAAAUUCAAUGUCACAGCCGACACCCUCUCGGUCGUCCGGGCGUGUGAAACCUGCGUUCCGUUCCUCAUUUACAACUACACGGUUACUUCCAACUCGGAUUUCGACGCGGUGAACAUUUUCGAAAAUUUCAACAACCGAUACGCGGGCGGCCCCUACAUGUCCAAGUUGGAGAUGAGCAACAACUGGCGGAAUCAGAUCAAGUACACCGUGAAUCAGCAUCUCGUACAACAGCAGGGAACAACUGGACAAGACGGCAGUAGCAAUACCCAACCUUCCGACUUCGAAGUAGAACAACUUUCCCUCACCGAGUCUUACGACAUGGGAACGCAGCAGUCGGUUUGCGGGCAGUAUUGGAGGAUUAGUAACACGGUUCUCGACAAUCAGAUCGGAGUGCACGGGCACUGCUUCUUCGCACACUGCGAUACAAUUUUCGAAGAAGCGAAGUGGAAUAGCGCCCCUUUGCAGUAUUUUGACUUCAACUACGAAUCUUUCUCGCCCAGUGCGCGACUGUACCACGAGUGCUUGCAAGUGCAGGAUAGUUGGGACGAUCGGGACCCGGUUGGGACGCAUCGGAUGGACUUCGCCGUGCAGUUUGUCGCCUCCGAUCAGGGUCAGGAGAAGCGGCAACUAGAGAAUUCCUGCUGUUCCUAUCUAUCGCCCAUCAUGCAGUGCUUGAAACGGAACUGCCCGGACUUCAGUGAUAGUGAUAGUUCACACGGCCGCAAAUUGUUCCAAGCGUCCGGAAUGCGACGGGAAAUCAAUUUUCCGGCGCCAAGGAGUAGUAAUGACGACAGUCAGCCUCAUGAAUCGCGGCGGCUGGUAGGGUCUUCUUGGUCUUCUUUGGCAACAACGUAUGAAAAAAUCAACCGGGAGCAGCUACAGAAAGGAACGUCAACACCAAGAGCCCUACAAGGCACCAAUGCAGAUUUUUCGUCUCCAGCCCCCCCAACCAAGCGAGCGGUAACGAACCCAAUUUUCAGCCUCAACCAUCAUUUAUCUAACAUCGAAGAGUCCUGUGGGGUGAACCUCCACUCCCAAAAAACCUCUGACCGGUUCUUCGUCACCGGGUCGCAACUGCUCUACCUGUCGCAGCGCGCCUGGAUGGUCGGCGCUUUUGGGUCGACGAACGGGCCACCGGGGGAAAAACGGGCACGGUUUAUCGCGGAAAACGUGAAUGGAACAAACAGUUUCCCGAUGGGGAUCGGUUUUUCCAAUCGAUCUCGCGGAAUUUCCGGCUGGCUCGGAUCUACUUCCGGCACUACAACUCCAGGAAUGGGAAACAGCUCAUCUUCCAGUGGUGCGGCGAGCAGUACGGGGUCGGGUGCAUUUUACACAAUUUCAGCAUCCACAGGUGACGCUGCGGCAGGUACAACAGGUACAACUCCAACACGAAAUCUGAAAGUCAGCGACAGCAAAUUUUUCUACGAGUUUUACCUGAAAAAGUACAUCGCGAACACCGUUUUGCGGCUCUGGAACUACACGGAGGAUCGGACAAUAUGCAUUGCAAAAGUAUCCUCGUACUAGUAUAGAUUGCGUCACAAAAUGGGCAAGAAGAAAUGUGGAAUUUGUAAUGCUGUUUUACCUUAGGAAGGAGAUUUGUCAUGCAUAUUUGCAAUCAGUACGAGUGCGAUACAUUUGCACAGGAUAGACAACGGGAAAUAGCGACUUCUUCCCAAUCGAAUUGCAAAUCACGGAUUUGCGGAACAUAACUACGUUGGAGGAUAACUGGAUCCGGAUGCAAGUGGAGUCCUUUCAGGAACAACAGCAGGACGAUAAGAAUCAAGAACAACAAACUACCUGGUGGGAAAACCAGUUCGACAAGGAGCACGUGUUCAACCUCACCUUUACCUUCAGACUCGGCCCUUUCAGAACGGAAGAACAUGCAAUGUCCUUCCGGGAGAACUUUCUGAAGCAGAAACUCUUCCUCGGAAAUACACAACUUGACUACGGGAAUAGCGGUGGGUUGUUCCAGAACGCGAAGGGUAAUAGCGCAAAUGCGGGCCAAGCGGCGUUUUACAUGACCUCAGUGCGAAGCCAGGACACGCCGGGAAGAGUGGUGUACGGCAUCGCGGAUAACUAUUGGCAUUUGGACUACCGACACGCGGAGUUGCUGAGGAACAAUGAGUUGCGGAUUGAGAAGGUUUCGAAUCAAUUCCCAGAACAUUUGAACUGCAUGGCGGAAAACUGUGUCUACGAGCAGAACGAAGAUAUUCCGGCGCGGAACGUGUUUGCACACACGCGGUUGGGGGAAUACAGGCAGUGCUUUAGUACUUCUUCAUCUGCGAAUUCUGCUGCUGGAACUACAACUGUGAACUCGAUCGUCGGGAGCAACGGUGACAGUUCGACUACAACUUCUUCCGCUCUACUGUCUUUCAAAAACGAGUGCUGUCAACAGCUCCCCGUCGCGAAAAUUGGCUAUUGUGCGGCGAGGCAGUGUAGUACUGGAGGCACGAAUCAACACACCUUUACCGCAGAGCAAACCGCGAUAGAGCAGUCCUGCAGUGCGAUUGCGAACCCGUUCAAGGAGAUCGAAACGGGGUUGGAUCUACACCUAGAAGCGACUUUUCAGCUUGUGUCGGUGAUGGGUCCGGCAAGUAUAGGGGAUAGUGAGUCGUCUCCUCCGCCAAGUGGAAAAGCCCCUCCGCAAGAGGAGAAACGACGAAAGAUGACAGAACAAACAAGCGAAAUAAGGGCUUUAUCCUCUUCUUCCACCGGAGGUUUCACCCCUAUUUUCCUCCAAAAAUUUCUCCAACCGAAGACCGGCGAAGCGGAAAAGCUUGUAAGAGAAUCCUUCGUGAACACCAUGCGGGAGUUUUUCCCGCAGAGCUUUUCCAACAGCAACAACUUCGACGAAACAGCGAUGAAUAGACUCUUCACCGUUCGGGUGAUUCUAGUUCCGAGUAAUAGUGGUGAUUCCGGCUCCGCAUCAUCUCCUUCACCAAGUAGUAAUGAUUACAAGCGGUCGUUUGUCGUGACAAUCCACUUGAAGAAUUUUUGGCCGCCGGCGGCUUCGGACUACUUUUUCGGAACCGAGGAGUGGAAAAUUGAGGAGAAGUUUAUUCAGGAAAAAACAACCAUCCCCAUCCAAUUUGUCAUGCAGAAUGUGCAUAAAUUCCACUAUUUGUUAUGCAAAAAAUGGAUGGCCGGGAUGGGUGUUUUUCUGUGGAUAAUGUUUGAGCAGAAACUAGAGCAAGCGAUUCGGAAUAGCGGGCUGCAAAGUACAACAAACAGUGUAGGAGAUGCACAGCAAGACGCGACGUCGCCAACUAGUCCUGCUCCACCUUCCUACAACUACUACAUUCUCCCGGCCUCCGAUCCGGAGGAUUUCUUUCUCCGGUUCCGCUACGAACCGAGGAUGAACGGAAAUCCGUCUUUAUCCACCAACCGACAGUUCACCACUUGCUUCGACAAAAUCUGCGAUAAGACCGGAACCUUAGCUUACCGAGAGUUCUCUGCCCCCCCUAAUUUCGACCUUUUGUCCUGCACCAGCCCGGAAAGGUUCACCGCGGACGUGUGUUGCGCAACGUGGCGCAGGUUAGGAGUUUGCUCGGCGCAGAACUGCGCGGGUAGGGACCACAGCGGGAACAAUCCUGAUCCCAUGUACAAACAGAUCUUCGAAGACGGGUACGCAACAGAGAAAUGCGGCCUGGAUAUGAAUUUCGCGAAGAAGGACUAUUUGCGGGACCCGGAGGUGGUUUACCAGUUGAAGUUCUCUUUGACCUACCAGUUGCACAGCCCGGACAAGUAUGAAAUGCAAAAGCAUCGUACUGGUAGAAAUCGCAUGACAAAUUCCCUCAGCAUGAAAAAUGAAAUUUGUAGUUCGGAUUUAGGUUAAGAAGGAGAUUUGUAAUGCAUUACUGCGAUUACUACGAGUACGAUGCUUUUGCACUGCAUAACAAGCCGAGGGCUUGGUGGGAGUCGGUGGCGAAUCCAACGGGGAAUGCAAACGGACAUGAUCAAAUCGGACAAGAUGCGGAGAAUUUGAAAAACCGAAAAAAAUUGAUUGCGAACAACUUCUACCAGUAUUUGAAAUUGAAACUGGACAAAGAAAUUUUCAACGGUGAUUUUUCCGCAAGGGAAAUGAAAAUCCAUUUCAACACGAGUCUGGCUCUUCUCCAUCUAGACCUGAGCGACCAACCGGUGGAGGUGUUUAGUAGCACGACGGGUUCUUCGAGUGCCGGUCAGAGCAGCGGUUCAAACGGCCCCGUCGCUCCAUCUCUCAACGUCAACAUCACAGUGGAGUUUGCUUUUGGUGAAUUCAAGACAAGAGAACACGCGGGGAGCUUUUUGGAAAAUACGUGGAAUGCGAAAGUGAGGGAUUUUGAAACGAAAGGGAUCUCGGGGGCGGUUGUAUUGCCAGGUGGAAGCGAUGGUGGUGGUGGAUCUGGAUCAGAAUCAGGACAAGCAGAUGAAAACAAAUUUACGCCGACAGAGGAGGGAAUCAUCCGAAGCAAUUUGUUCUUGACUAAGCACACCAAUGGGCAAUUUGGGUUUUUGAGCGACGUGGUUUCGGGGACAAGCUUGGCGAGUGUGAAUGCAGGAGCGGCUGCUUCGCAAGACCCGAACAAACGGAGAGAACUCCCUGAGUCCUCUGAAGAAUCCUCGUCUUCUCCACCACCGGGACGACCGGCGGAUGAAUUAUCUGGUGCCACAUCAACCUUCACCACCAGCACCUCUAUGGGGCCGGUGUUUGCGGUGAGCGAUGCAAGUGUGGAGAUAAUCACGACGAGAUUGGUACCACUGAGGAUUACGACCACAACGACUCCUCCACCCGUUAUUGCAGCUUCAAGCAGCUCUUCCUCUACGACUCUACCCCCGGCGUAUUGCGGGCCGGCGCCUACGAUCAGUCACUUCAUUGAUUCAAGUGCAGCUUCCAUGCUGGUUAUGCAUGACAAGCCCACUGACCCGAAUCAAGUGGAGAUUUCCUGCAAGGGGCCGGAGUUCGUGCCGCAGCAAACUGUAGUGAUUUCGGGCCAAAAUAACGCUGUCGCGAAGUUGGUUUGUGACCAGGAAGGGCGGGAAUGGAUGUUGCGAGGGACAGCUGCAGGAGGAUCGUCAUCUUCACCACAGUUGGAAAAUUUGUGUCGCCGAGCGGCGAGUUGUGGGUUGACGAAUGCUGCAGGAACAUCUAACAGCAGUCCGACCGGCGGCGCACCAGGGGUAGGCAGUACUACAGCAGCGUCUUCCGUGUUUCAGACAUCCACUACCAUCGACUGCAGCGGUUCAUCAAGUUCAUCCCCCUCCUCUGGUAAGGAAGAAGGAGCGAGCACUUCUACCGAGCAAGCAAACACCUACCCCACCGGCAUGCAGUGCGCAGCAACCUGCCCCACUGGAUACGAUAUUUGGAACGGGGACGCGGGGAAAGUUUCAAGCGUGAGUUUCCCGGUCACUUGCGUAGACGGAGUUUUCACAGCGGCGGGGUCUGCCGCAGCGGUGUCCUCUACCACGACGUCUGCAGGAGAGGGUAGUGCUACUUCUCCGUCGUCUGAAACUCCCAGUACUAACAACGCCGGCUGCAUCAAAGAAGGGGCCGUGGGGGAGGUGAUUAGCUCCACAUCGGUGACGAUUAAUUUCGAACUGCAACAAACGGAGACGUUGGUGAAAGAGUUCUUGCAGAUCGGCCCUGUUGGAGCUGCUGCUAUGUUGGCGCCGGAAGUUUCUACCUCAUCGCCAACUUCUGGAACAAUAGAAGGGUACGAAUCUUCUAUUACAACCAGCGUCGACAGCACCUCGCCGGCAUCUUCGGCACCAUCGCAGCAAGAACCUGCUUCACCAGCCCUCGACACGAACCUGCUAACUCGAGACCCGAUCAUGAGAUCCGCCUACCGCAAGGCGUUUCUAGCUUUGUUACCGAAUGGAAUGCUCCGGAUGCAGCAACAAGCAGGACAAGGGGAGGCUCGGUCGCUGACGUCGGAGUUGUCAAUAAGAACAUCAUCAUCAUCAUCUUCCGCACAAUCACCUACCUACGACACAAUUGCGGUUCGGGCCCCGGUGGAAAUUGUGCCAAACCAACACAGCACUAGCUCAACAGCAUCCUCAACUAUCAAAUGCAAAAGUGUCUGGGUCUGGAGGAGUUGGGUUUUUUCAUGCACAUUUUGCAUGACCCGUGAGGUCUGUGAUGCUGGUGCUAGCAUCGCAGAUUUUUCGACAGCUUCUUGAUGCUAAUUACGCAUGAGAAAAGCCCUAUCUGCGUCCAAGAGCUGACUCCUCUUGCUGCUCAUGCAACACAGACAUUUCUAGAAUCUGCAGACAGCAUUACAAGUUCCACUCUUCCAGACCCAGACACUUUUGCAAUCCAUAUCAACCAAGACCUUCCAAGUCUCUUUCGAGGUUCGCACUCGAGGGGAUUUGAAAUCCACCCGGGCACAGACGGUAAGGAAUCACUUGAUCUCCAUGGCAUCUAUUCCCUGAAAAUCACCCAUCCCCAUCCAAUUUGUCAUGCAAAACAUGUAGGAAAUUCGGCGUCUGUCAUGCAAAAAGUGGAUGGGGAUGGUUAAUUUUCGGGGAAUAGCAUCCAGCUUUUCCUCCUCCGCGGAGAUAACACCGAGUGUCCGGUUAUCCUGUGCAAAAGUAUCGUACUCGUAUAAAUGCAAGUCUUGCAUUACAAAUUCUUUUCCCUAGGGAAAUCCGCAUUACAAAUUUGAUUUCUCAUGCUGAGGGAAUUUGUCAUGCAUUUAUACGAGUACGAUACUUUUGCAGUUCAUACCGGUCCGCAUUUGUUAACGAGUUGCACCGACACCGAGCCGACGUGUUAGGGCUGGGGCCGGCAGAGUCCUCGUCGCAAGUAGUUGUUCCUGCGUCGGUCAGACGGGAACUUGCCACUGUCACAACAUCAGCACAACAAGCCGACUUCCUACAGAGUUUCUCCCUGAACACAGAAACUAUCCGCUUCACUGCAAACGCGAUUGUGACGAAAAAUGAAUGGGGAUUCGUGGUUGAUGAUUCAUCUACAACUACUGACGGCGCAAGAACUACUGCAUCACAAAGCACUCAAGAACAUGAUCUCCAGCCUGGCGCCUGGGACACGUGCUCCAACCUGUGCGGAAAGGGGAUCCAGGCCCGAAUUGGAUUGCUUGUCUGCGGCAAUGCGAACGAUGGGGAUGAAUGCGAUCAAACAACAAAACCGGAAAUUGAGCAGAAUUGUAAAAACUACAAUAAUUGCAGCUUCCUCGACUGCCCGUUGCAUUCCGAGGAUUCCUUUUCCUGCGCUGACCAAGCGAUGAUCUUGAAGUCCUCUAUUUUCGCGGUUAUCGCCCUCUUCUGGCUCUGCGCCAGUGUGUACUGCUACUACGGGUGUAAGAAGCCGAAGAAGGGGAAGCAGAAUUUGACUCUGGAACUGGAAAAACACACGAAGUUAAACACGCAUUGGAAAAUCAUGAUGGACGAGAAAACCGGGAAACGGAAAAUUAUCUGGGAUUACGAUCAGCAGGAGGUGGUAAAAGCAGCGACGUUUGAAGUGAAGGUGGACGACACAACUACUUCGCCGGUCAAAGCCGUAGAUCUUGCAGAAAGGAAAAGCGUAACCAGCACUUCUAAGCCAAUCGACAAGACUAGCGAGAUUUCCACAGCCGUUUCCUCUGAACAGAAUCCGACGAACCGCCCACCGGCGUGCUAUUCCGCGGGCGAGAAGGUCGAGUAUUGGUCGCAGAGGUUCGGCACAUACGUCCCCGCGUCCAUUUUGGCAACAACGAGUAGUAGUGCUGCAACCAGUACAACUGCAACAACUGUUUCCCAAAGCAUCCAAACUGCGGGCGUUGUCGAUGUUUUGAUUCAGGGGAAGCAGGUCAAGAGGUCCUGCCCGAUAACAAAACUGCGGAUCCCAUUGCGGGUCGGGGAGCUGUGUCAAGUUUGUAUGACACCCUCAGAAUGGAAAUGCUCAAAGUAAAAAUAAUUUGUGAUGCAUGAAAUGCGACACCAAAAAGACUGUAUUGGAGAGAACGCAAUGGAGGCCGACUAUUGUGCUUCUACAGGUUCAGAAUUGGGCUGCUGAUUAGCACGAGGGUGGGGCACCGCUUUGCCUAACUAGCAUGACAAACACGCUUUGAGUGCCCGGGAAAUUUGUCAUGCGCCGACUAGAAAUGGUGCUUCAACUGGAGUCGUUUUUUUGCAUUACAAAUUAUUUUCACUUUGAGGAUUUCCAACCUGAGGCUUUCAUAGUUUGCGUGGAAAUGGAGGAAAGUGGUAAAAACGUCCAGGACCACAACAAAACGCUGGAGGAAAGCACGACAGAGAUAGUACCUUCUUCCAAAGAACAACCUGCUCCGACGCAAUUUUCAGCAUCUUCCGAUACAACUUUGUCUAGCAACAAAUCCCUCUCCUGGAUCGGACCCUGCGUUGUGGAGAAAGCGCUGCCGGGAUUCCGGGGGUACAUCGUGAAGUUACCACCGAAGAAGAUGCAGCCGAAACCCUUCCGGGUGGACGCAACGAGGAUAAGGAGGUACUUUGAGAAGAACACUGAGGUAGUUUACGCCCUUGCGGAUGAUGUUGAAAGGACUACGUCAAAUAGUAACAGCAACAUUUUUAACGCCUCAACCGGAACCGCCCAAGACGACCAAGCACACGCUUUCAAAGCGUUUUCGAAGUGGCAAGUCGCAACAGUAACGACCAGUAUGGCGAAGAAGACGGCAGUUGAGAAACAGAAGAGUAGUUCUUCUAUCGCUUUCACCGCGACCUCAAAACCGCGCCUGCUCCGGUCGGAACACACUUUGCUGUCCUACUUUCCCCAGCCUGUUGCAGAGAAGGGGAAUAACAGCAGCGGUGCCAAUUCCAGUUCCGAGAGCCUAGACGCGAGUACUACUGGUGCAGCGAUGAAUAACUACACAAGCCGGAGCCGCAGUGCGAGUAAGCAAUCCAUCGGGAUGGUCUCUUCCUCUGGGAGUAGCUCCUCUGCCUCGUUUACCGCCGCCGGAGGCGAAAGGAAAGACAGUUUUGACGGCGACCUGGGUGAUAUGAAGGGCGAGGAGCAAGUAGCUAGCCGCGUCGAGUGGCUCAUGGUGGAAACGCAGCGACCGGUCGUGCCGAACAACUCCAGCAGCGCCACUCUCGGGUCGCCGACGGAAAUGGUGAAGGAAAGCGCUCUGAUUCCGCUUUGCCACGAAAAAGCGAUUGUUUUACCGAGAGCAGUUGCAGAAACGACCUGCAACUACGCGAUGCCGGUGGUGAGUUGA